UGGCUGCUGGGAGUUGUAGUCCUAUGUAGAUGAGCCGGCUACUCUGGUCACAACAGAUCAGAACAGACAGACCUGUGUCCACUGACGGUCCUCCACACAUCCUGUCUGUCACCCAGCUGAGGAGAAAACACACCGACAUGGCGGCUCUCGGUCAAUUCAUGUAUUUCGCCUUCGGGAGCAACUUGUUGAGGCAGCGGCUGCAACUGUCGAAUCCCUCUGCCAUGUUCUGCUCCACCGCCAGACUCAAGGACUACAAGUUGAGCUUUGGCCUGUGGGAGGAACACGUGGACAACAAUUGGCACGGCGGAGUGGCCACCAUCGAGUUCUGUCCAGGCGCUGAAGUGUGGGGGGUGAUCUGGGCUUUGAGCGAUGAAAACCUCAGGAGUCUCGACAACCAGGAAGGAGUGAGUGAGGGGAUGUACUCGCCACUCAGCGUUACCGUGGAGACAGACAGAGGGCAGAUAUUCUGCAGGACGUACCAGAUGAACAAUUUCCACGCCUGCCCCCCCUCUCCUCAGUAUAAAGAGGUGGUGUGUCUGGGUGCAAAGCAGAACGGCCUCCCAGAGGAGUACAGGAAGAGCCUGGAGUGGAUUCAAACCAACAACUACAGUGGCCCCUCGGUCCUCGAUGAAAUCAGAACAGCUGUGGAAGAAACGUUUUAAAAGUUUACUCUUGAACUUGGGGGGAAAAAAAGAAGAGCUAAUGACGGGACCUUGUGGUCUCGAGGUUCACUUCACAGCAGUUUCUGGGGCUUUCAACCAGAUCUUAUUGUUCUUCAUCAUGACAUAUGUAAGACUCAAAUGAAAUAAUAAUGAUGUAAAAUGUAAAAGUGAUGAUGAAGGCUAUAAGAAUGUGGAAAAAGCUAGUAAGUGGACCUUGAUUUUAGAUUUUUUUAGUCAAACUACUAUUUUAGGUCAAGACCAACUGUAGCACUGGGGUCAGAUGAUAAUAAUACAUGCUGCUAAUAAUGACACAUUUGGCUGGACCCAACACACACCUAAUAUUUUAUCCUUCUGAGACUUAUGGUGACGCAUGUAUUUUUAAUUUUAGAGCUGAGAUAAUGGGUGAUUGAACUGAAUGAAACUGUAUGUAGUAUAAGUAGUAUAAGUGUUUCUCAGGGGAAUAUUAAACACACUAAUAACUUUAA